CGCGCCGCCGCCGCCGCUGCCCUUCGCUGCUCCGCCGGCUCCUCCCGCCCGGGAUGGGGGCCCGGGGCCCGGCCCGCCGCGGGGGUGCCCGGACAUGACGGGCGGCCGCGGGAGCCGCUCCAGCACCUGCCCGCCGCGACGGCACCGCCACUCCCGGGGACCGGCGGGGCUCCUCCUCGCUUACUGCUAUGGACAGUGCUAUCACCCUGUGGCAGUUCCUCCUCCAGCUCCUCCAAGAGCCUCAGAACAAGAACAUCAUCUGUUGGACCUCCAACGACGGGGAGUUCAAACUGCUGCAGGCAGAGGAGGUGGCCAGACUCUGGGGAAUCCGCAAGAACAAGCCCAGUAUGAACUAUGAUAAACUCAGCCGUGCUCUCAGAUACUAUUAUGUGAAGAAUAUCAUUAAGAAAGUGAAUGGGAAGAAGUUUGUGUACAAGUUUGUUUCUUAUCCGGAGAUUUUAAACAUGGAUCCGCUGGUCGUGGGCCGGAUAGAAGGAGACCCCGAAAUGAGUGGUUUUGCAGAAGUCAGCAGUGCUCCAAAGGAUGUGGAAAGCUGCGGGAAGGAGAAGGCUCAGUCCUGUGCGAAGUCCUCCAGCCGCAAUGACUACAUCCACUCGGGCUUGUACUCCUCGUUCACUCUGAACUCCCUCAACUCUUCCAGCGUCAAACUCUUCAGGUCCAUCAAGAUUGAGAAUCCAGCUGAGAAGCUGACCGAGAAGAAACCCGCUCAGGACCCAACACCCUCCGUCAUCAAGUUUGUGACCAUGCCCUCCAAAAAGCCUUCAUCGGUCCCCUUGGUCUCCACCACUUCCACGGUCUCUGCCACUUCCACUGCUUCUGCCACUUCAACCGUGUCCUCCCUUCCCAUGGGAACAGAAGACACUCUCCAGACCUUGGAGACCCUCGUUCUACCCAAGUUACCUGUCCCUGAAGCUCCAGCCCCUUUGCCAAACCUAACCACCAGCUUCACCCCAACGCCACCCAUAUCCUCAGUGUCCCCCAGCCUGCAGGUUCCUUCCACGCCCCCAUCGCCACCCCUGAGCUCUAAUCCUGACCUGGACAUUGACACGGACAUCGAAUCCGUGGCUUCUCAGCAGCUGGAGCAGGCUCAGAGCCUUCAGCAUCAAUCCCCAGAGCCCAAAGAGCAGGAUUCAUCUGUGCUGGAGAAGGAAUUUGCCAAUCACCUCUCCAGAUCCAAAAAACCCAAAGGGCUGGAGUUGGCUCCUACUCUCGUCAUUACAGGCAGCGAUCCAAGUCCGCUGGGGAUUCUGAGUCCUUCUCUCCCAACUGCUUCUCUUACUCCAGCACUUUUCUCUCAGACUCCCAUCUUGCUGACCCCCAGUCCCUUGCUCUCCAGCAUUCACUUCUGGAGCACCCUGAGCCCCGUUGCUCCUCUGAGUCCUGCCAGGUUGCAAGGUGCUAACACCCUCUUCCAGUUUCCAUCAGUGCUGAACAGUCAUGGCCCAUUUACUCUGUCUGGACUGGAUGGACCCUCUACCCCUGGCCCGUUUUCCCCUGAUCUCCAGAAGACAUAGCACAUGAACUGACGGGAAGGACAGACUGGCAAGCAAGGGAAAGACAGGACACUUAACAUGAAACCGUGUUUUUUAAAUGAGCAAUUUGUAAUUCCCCAGAGGUGAUCAGCAGUUAUCAUAGUUUUUGCCAUUCCCAAAUCAAAUGCCUUUUUUGCAAAAUUCCCUUUUUUUGAAGACCCAGGUUGGGAAUGUUUGUGCAAACGCCUUAAUAGGAGCUGCAGCUCCAGUCUCUUCUCUUCCCUCCUUGGAUCGGAAGACUUCCCUAUGCUUAAAGGGAGCUUUGGUUGGUGUUGCAGUAACUGAGUCUGCACUGACUGCAGUUAAACAGUAUCAGAGAAGUCUUUUCUCUGGGACUCUUGGAGAAACCCUCUGUUCUUCUGCUUCCUGUGCUUGGCAAGAAGAAAUCUAAUCAUGAUCGAAGCUGGCAUUCCAGGAAAUGCUUGGGAAAGGGGUGUGUGCGCUCAGCUUCGCCUUGGGGCCUGAUAACUUGUGCAGCAACAGAGCAGCCCGCAUCUUUUCUGCUGUAAAAACAGCUUGUCUUUCUGCAGGGAGAGCUUUUCAAGGAAUACCCAGUGAUUUGUUACUGACAUCCGGACAGUUUUCCAAUGGCAUCGUGUCCCCACAGCCCAGCUCCUCAGGGAAGUGAGCUGGAAAGCUCCUGGAUGCUUCUUCCUGCCCUCCCGUCGGUGAGGAGGCAAGAUCUGGAGCCAGAUGAGCGGUGGGAUUAGAUCCUUCCGGUUCUCAGAAGGUUUGAAUGCUCAAGUCCAAACAUUUCUUGUGCCAGAGACCUUACAGAGCCCUGCUGGAACAGCACCAGGCUGGUGGAUUUCACACGCAGGUUUGAGGGUGGCUCUGGAUUUGUGAGGUUGCUGCCUGAUGCUCGAGUUUCAGCAGCCCCAGCAGUGGGUGAGAGCGG